AUGAACAAUCAAGUCACAAACACUUCAUCGACAAAUCAUGAAGAGCAAAAUGUUCUUCCAACAACGAGAGAACCACAACAGCAACAACAACAACAAAUAAAUGUUGUGGAUGAUGCUACACUUCAAGCUGUACUUAGUUCAAUGAGUGAAGCAGAAAUGAAUGCUUUUCUUGAAGAAUUAAAUAAAACAGGAAAAGCAUUCUUACCUGGUAUAGGUCAAACGAUAGAAUUAUUAACUGUUGCUGCACCUGCUGAAUUACCAACAACAACAGCAGCAGCAACUCAAGCAUCAGCUGAGACUCUUCUUCAAGAACUAACAACACUUAUUCAACAACCACCAGUUGAUAUUGUCCCUAUAAAUAUUGAACAAAAAGUAAUUGGUACAACACCACGUACAGGUAAUACAGCUGUCAAAUCAACAAUAACAUCACAUAAUAAUGCAACUAUUCGUAAACCAAUGCAACAACAAAUAACUAAUGAUGAACGAAUGUUUUUUGGACGUCCCACAACUAUUGGACAAGGACAAUAUCAUAAUCGUACUGGAUUAAUGUCGGGAAAUAAACAACAACAACAACAACAACAACAACAACAACAACAACAACAGCAGCAGCAGCAACAACAACAACAACAACAGCAGCAACAACAACACCAACACCAAACAAUAUCAUCUCAACAACGACGACCAAUAUCUUGGUUUCAAAAUCGUUCUCGACGUCAUUCAUCAGAUGAUGAUGAUGAUUCAGAUCGUGAUUCAUCUCCACCAAUGAGUAGUAAUGAUAGUUUAGGACCAACACGUCGUUCAACACGUGUACCAAAACCAAAACAAGAUGCAGAUUUUGUUACAUUUCCAUUAUUAGAUCGAGAUGAAAAUGGAAAUCCAAUACCACCAACGCCAUCAUCAAUGCCAUUAAAUAAAGCUGAAGAUGAUGAAGAUGAUAUACCAUAUCGUUUAAUGGAUUAUCCACGUCCGCAACAACAACAAAAUCAACAAUCUCAAUUAUCAACAAGUGGACCAGGACGUAAACCACGUACAACAGCUGAAAUUCGUAGUACACCAAAUAUAAAUAAAAAACAAGCACGUUGGCCUGAUGAUGAAUUAUAUCAUGUUAAAUCUUUUGUACCAUUAAUUAUGCCACAACAAAUAAUUAAUCCAUCAACAAUGAAAAAUAAAAUGACACUAUGUAAACCAUUAGUAUCUGAACGUGAAGUUGAAGCUAAACCAACCAGAUUUACUAUAGCUACACAAACAGAAAUGGAACAUAUGAUUCCUGAUGUACCUUUAGUUAGUUUACCUGUACCAAUUUACCUCCCAUCACCAACACCAAGUUAUCAGUUAUUUAAACCUAAAGCUGUACCAAUACCAGUACCUUUUUUUGUACCAAUUAUGAUACCUGUACAACGAAGUACUUAUAAAAAUAUACGUGAUUAUCUUCAAACUCAACGAGAUUUGUUACCUGAUGAUCCAUUUGAAGCAGCACUUGUUAUGCAUGCAGAAAGUCUUGCACGUGCAGAAAGUCAACCACAACAAACAAUAACAAGUGGACAUGAAUCAGUUAUGAUGAUGGAUUUAACACGUGAUGAUUCAUAUAUAACAACGUCACAAACAAUGGAAAAUUUACCCGAACUUGAUCUUGAAGCUCAUUAUAUUGAUCCAAUUACAUCAAAUGAUCCUGAAGUUCAAAAGCUUCUUCGAAUGUUACCUGAUGCUGGAUAUCGUCUUAAAUGGACUUAUGGUGUUGAAGCAUUUCAACAAUGGUGUGCACAACGUAAUCGUUCUAUAUUAACAGUUACACCAGAAGAAGCAGAAAUAGCAAAACAAUAUUUUGUUAAAUCUGAUUUACUUUCAUAUGUAAAUGGUGAUGAAUUACAACAAGUUAUGGAUGUAUUUAUACGUGAAGUUCGUCGUCCAACAGGCGAACAAUAUUUACCCGAGAGUAUUUAUUAUCUUUGUUUGGGUAUUCAAUUUUAUUUAAAUUUAAAUAAUCGUCAAAUCGAUCUAUUCGAACCUCGUUAUAUAGAAUUUAAUUCGACAUUAAAUGGAAUUCUUCAAACUUAUACACCACGUCUUUUAACUGAUUCAAAUACAAUUGUAUCAUUAAUUGAUGAAGAUUUAUUAUAUGAUGUUCAUCAAUUAGGUACAUUAACACCAUGGUCAUUACUAACAACAUUACUUUAUACAAAUUCAAAAUAUUUUAAUUUAAAAACUGUUGAAGCACAUAUGGCUAUAUCAUUUGCAAAUUUUGGUAAAUAUUCUCAAUGGGUACGUUUAUCGACAAAUUCACCACAAGGACAACAAAUGAAUUAUUUACGAUUUUAUGCUCAUAAUCCAGAUCUGAAAUCAUUAGUAAAUUCACCAACGUUUUAUGAAAUAACUGAACAAAUGAAUGAUCCAGUUCGAUGUCCCAUAAAACAAUACGAUUUUUAUGUAUCGAAAUGUCCUGAACAAAUACGUGGUACAGCGGAUGUUUUUUAUUUACGUCCAAUAUCAGAGCAAGUUCAUGAAAAUUCUAUAUGGUAUUCAAAUGACUCAUUAUCACCAACAAUAAUGGAUCAAAUGUUGAAUAGACUUAAACUUAUACCUGAUUUUUACAAUCAAACAAAACCAGUUGAAACAGGUUCAACAUCAUCAAAUGGAAAUAAUACGGUUACAUCAACAACGACGAUAACAAAUAAUUAA